AAUUGCAAUUCAAUCUUCAUAUGCUCUAAAAUCCUAAAAGAGAAUUAAAAGAAAAGAAAGAAAGACAAAGUUUGCAGCCUUCCAUGGAAACCACUUAUGAAGAUUUUGAGCCCUUGUGCAAAUGGCGAAGGGAGCAAAAGAGUGACACCCUCGAGGUCCACCUCCCAGGAUUCAAGAGGCAGCAAUUGAGAGUUCAACUUAGCAGUUCUGGGAUCAUAACCAUUACUGGAGAACGUCAAUUGGAUGAAGCUAAAGCUAUAAAAAGCCGAUUCCGCAAAGAGUUUCCAGUUUCAAAGGAUUGUCAACCAAACCAAAUUCAAGCAAAGUUCAGCAAUGGCGUUCUUUCCCUAGUAAUGCUUAAGCAAGAGUCUAGCAUUUCCGGUGCUGGUGGGAAUGUUACUUCAGGCAAAUUUCUAAGUUCAAUAAUGAAUAUGAAUAAAAGGGUAGCUUUGGAAAUCAUAAUAGCAAUAUGCUUGGUAUUGGCUGUUCGAGCUUAUGUUAAGAAAUGUUGCCAAUGCUCUCAUCUUGGGAAUUAAGUUUACUUUGUAAUUUGAAACAUGAAUGAAAAUUAAAUACAUAAUAAGUUGAACUUAUUGUUUA